UCAUUUAAAUAGCCGUACCCUCUGUGGACAUCCUACUAGCAAAAUAUUUUUUUUUCAAGUCAAUCAAAUUGCAACGAUGAUAUUCUGUAGUGGAAAAGUCGUCACGUUCUGCAUUGUUUGGUGUUUAAUCCGUGUUGGAUUUGGCAUUCAAGUGGAAAUGCUUGAAACUCUAAAAACUGUUCUGUAUAGGUUCAAUGCACCACUAAAGCUAACCAUUACGUCUUGUUGGGACGAAGAAACGAAAGUAAAAAUCGUACGAUUCAUUAACAGCGACGAUGGCGUUUCACCAAUGUUUCAAGUAGCAUUUAUGGAUCGAAACUGGAAUCUAACUGAAACCACGACCGACAGACAUCAAGAAGUAAUUGUUGUUGAGCUCAGUUGUGCAGCUAACACAGUCUUAAGUAUGAAUCGCCAAAUGUUCAACUAUUACAAAGUCAUUGUGUUCGAUGGCAGUGUGAAUUCGAGCAGUUGUGAUAAAAUGGAUGGUAGAAUUCAACAUCUAUUGCAGGACUCUCCCGUAUUGCCGAUCAGUCAAUUUUUUAUUGUUUGCAAAGACUUUGGAAACAAUAAUUUUGCAGUGAAACAAGUGUAUCGUCUAGGUACACUUGAGCCACUGAUAAUGGAAGAUCAUGCAACAUACAAUAGAACACAUUAUGUUAACGCAGUUGUAUUGCCGUCCGCAUUGAGAAGGAGAAAUUUCCAUGGAUUUCUCUUAAAGGCGUCAAUGGUUUUACUAAACAAUGAUUCGCUUAAUCAUUUGGAUGAUUAUCGUGACCUGCACAUUGAUGCCGAAGCAAAAUAUUCGUAUCAGUUAACCAAGCAUCUGAUAUCAUUUGUAAAUGCAACGGCUACAUUUUCCAUAGUUCCCAGUUGGGGCUAUCGAAAUAAAACCUCUGGAAGUUGGACUGGCAUGAUUGGUGAGCUGCUUCGCAACGAAGCUGAUAUCGGCGCCACAGGCCUUUUCUUUACAACCGAACGAAUUCCCGUGAUUGAAUACAUUUCGCAUUCGUCAACGGCCAGUGCAGGAUUCAUUUUUCUAUCGCCAAAACUAUCCUACACCGACAACUUGUACAUAUUGCCGUUCGACAGAUUGCUGUGGAUCAGUUUAUCGAUUUUGGUUUUAGUGCUAGCGCUCUGGUUGGUUGCAGCUAUUGUUUUAGAAUCGAACAAAUUUCCUCAAUCUAGAGCCAGAUGUGACAUCAGUGAUGUUCCAAUCUUGAUAUUUGGUGCCAUUUGUCAGCAAGGUUCUGCAGUUACUCCGCAUAGCAUUACGGGAAGAAUGAUCAUGAUCUUAUCCUUCAUCACGCUAAUGUUUCUCUUCGUCAGCUAUUCUGCCAAUAUCGUUGCACUGUUACAGUCACCCUCGAAUCAAAUAAAAACUUUGCCGGACUUAUACGACGCUAAGUUUCAAUUUUCGAUGACUGAUACCGUUUAUAAUCGACAUUUCUUUGCGACGGAAGCCGAACCUUUUCGUAAGAAAUUUUACGAAGACAGAUUGGUGGAUAAGGAUGGUAAAAUGAAAUUUAACACAUUGGAGCACGGCAUCAAGAAAGUGAGAGAGGGCCAGUACGCAUUUUUUUCGGAAGAAUCCGGAGCCUUCAAAGUUAUCGGCGAAACAUUUAUGGACAACGAAAAGUGUGGCAUAAAAACGAUGGGUUUUUUUCAAAUGAAUCUGAAUCCGUGGAACGCAAUACAGAAAAAUUCGUCGUACAAGGAAAUAUUUAAAACCGGCAUGAUGCGAAUUCACGAACAUGGAUUGAAGCAGAGGGAAAAUUUGCGUCAUUAUUUUCGGAAACCAAAGUGCUCAGGUGGAGGAUCGAGUUUUCGGUCGGCUAGUUUGAUUGACACUGGUCCUACCUUACUGAUAUUGCUAUAUGGAUUUGCCGCGACGUUGACUGUUUUCGUUUUGGAAUUAAUUGUGGCACGUACGUGUAAGGUUUGCACAAGAAAAACGAUCCAUUUUUAAAGA